AUGGCUCCUCUUGAAACUCUCGGGUGCGAUUUCAAGAACGUUGUGCCGACUUGGGACGCAUGGCCGAUGCCUUACUCUGCUCUGCCGGAUCCUUUCGAUUAUGCAAACUUCAAGCUCUGUCUUGAGAGAGCCGCAUUACCCUUUGAGAAGAUUGUGAAUUUUUUGGGUCAGUCAACACUUCAUGUGGGCGUCUGCCAGCCUCAGCGCAUGGCUCAACUCCUGGCUGCUGGUCAUCCAGUUGACCUUUGCGAUAAAAACGGCGUGCCCCCGGUGAUGUAUGCGGCAGCAAUGAACAUCCCAGACGCAGUCAUGAUGCUUAUAAGACACGGGGCCGACAUUUACCCUCGAAAGAAAGACUUAAAUAUUCUUGGCCUUAUCGUCAAAGGAGGCAACUGGGACUUGAUAUGGCAGAUUCUGGACCUUGCGGCGGAAAUGGACCCCGAUCUGAUACCGGAGCUGUUCAGAAGCUUCCUAUCCAGCCUCCAUAACAAGGAGUACGAAGCCUGCUAUGCUGCACAUGGUCCUGGUGGUCAGGAUGGCUGUAUCAACUUUUGGUCCCGGGUAAUCUCCAAGCUUGGUAGUCCUAACUUCACCUUUGACGAUGGCACUACAUUGAUGCACAUGACCACUGAUUCUAAGUCUGCGAGGGCUCUGAUCGAUCUAGGCUUUGAGAAUUUCACUCAAGAGCAAGGGGAUUUGCUUGAACAUAUCGCUUCGUUGCAUGAUCCCUCGCUGCUCCAGUUUGCUGUUGCGAAUGGUGGCGACGUACAUGUGCGCAAUUUCUGGGGUGGUUUGAUCGUUGAUGCGCUUCUCUAUGACCUUGUCGCGUGCAACUGGAAAGAUUUCCCGACCAUCUGGAAGACUCUACAGGUUCUAGUCGACAAAGAAGUUUCAAUCUUGUCUCCGCAUGGACACGUGAGAAAUUUUACGGCUGCCGACUGUACGCAGAGUCUGAGAUGGGAACUCGACAGAUCAAAUAUAUGGCUCUUGGCGUGGCUUGAGAUGUUAGAGAAUAAGAGGACUGUAGAAAAGGCCAAAGAAGUAUCCCUGGCUGCUCUUCGAGAAAUGUCCCUUGAUGAAGCUGGUCUACAUCACAAACACUGCGCAAUUUGUAAGUAUGACCUGGGCCCUGAUAUCGACAACGACCGAUUUUGGGAUAUCACGGAGGAGAUCAAGAUUGAUGAACUGAACCGAGCGAUGGAAUUGCUGGCGGAGAAGACAUACCCAGAAUUAAAGAUGGAGGUCAUGGUGCGUCUUCGUUGCCAGUGGAGGAAAAGAACCAUGGAAUUAUUGCCUUGGCCUAGGCUUAACCCCCGAAUCAGAGAGUUUCAUCGAAACCGUGUGGUGGAGGAGUUAAAUGAAUUAUUGAAGGUCAUUCGAACAUCGGAACAUCCCAAGAUUCCAGAACCAUUUUUGUCUUCUUGGAAUGGCAUUGUUCGGAAGAAACUGGAUUCUGGUCAUUGGAACUUCGACUAUGAUAUCGAAUUAGGCCUGGUUAAGUUUGGGAUUGGUCUCUACCAAUGCGGCGGUGAUCAGUUUGAGAGCUGGCUUCCACUACUGACUCAGAUGACGGAUGUCCUGCUUGCCGAAGAGAAGCCAGGGGCACCGAAGCCUUGA